GAAUCAUUUAAAUGAGUAUUUUAAUCUGGAUCAAAUUCGUACCUGGCGCCGGAGUCUCUAUGGUGUACGGUUCUUAAAAUACGUACCAUGCGCUCAUGAUGAAACGCUCCACGCCAAUCUUGUGAUUCGUCGUCGUGUUUUGUCUGGGCAAAUUUCAAGGGUUCACAAGAUAAGAACGUAUUGUUUGUGCCGAGGAUUUCCAGCUUGCAUUCGGUGAGCCGAUUUAAGCAAACGUACCAAAGACUUUUCUACCUUUAAAAAUGUGCAAAAUUAUUUCGGCGUAAACAAAUCAGUAAUUAAGUUGUUCAGUAGUGCAACAAUUGGAACCUUACUAAACUUCAGCCAUACCCUGCUGGUUUGGGAAUUCGUCAUCUGAUAUCAAGCAACAUUAUUAAAAAGACUAAUCAAAAAAUAGAGUAAUGGCCUACAAACUAAACAUCCUUCACGUGCAGAAUUGUUUGAAGAAAAGUGCUGUUGUAAAACUAUUUUUUAAAAUGUGGAUGAUUCAUCCCUCCCACUUCAUUACAGGUACCUAAGAUCACACCCCAUCCACUUCAUUACAGAUACCUAAGAUCACAUCCCUCCCACAUCUAUACCGAUACCUAAGUUCACAUCCCACCCACUCCAUCACAGAUAUACCUAAGAUCACAUCCCACCCACUCCAUCACAGAUAUACCUAAGAUCACAUCCCACCCACUCCAUCACAGAUAUACCUAAGAUCACAUCCCACCCACUCCAUCACAGAUAUACCUAAGAUCACACCCCACCCACUUCAUUACAGGUACCUAAGAUCACACCCCACCCACUUCAUUACAGAUACCUAAGAUCACAUCCCUCCCACAUCUAUACCGAUACCUAAGAUCACACCCCACCCACUUCAUUACAGGUACCUAAGAUCACACCCCACCCACUUCAUUACAGAUACCUAAGAUCACACCCCACCCACUUCAUUACAGAUACCUAAGAUCACAUCCCUCCCACAUCUAUACCGAUACCUAAGAUCACACCCCACCCACUUCAUUACAGAUACCUAAGAUCACACCCCACCCACUUCAUUACAGAUACCUAAGAUCACACCCCAAUCCACUUCAUCACAGAUACCUAAGAUCAGCUCGAUCUCUUAAAGUUAGGACCGAAAGAUCUUUUUAAAAAUUCGUUUGUUACAAGCAGGGUUUCAGAAUUUAUCAGAGUGCUCCCCAACGAUUUAAAAAAUCUAAAUGAUCACCAAUUAAGUCCUUAUUGUCCACUGAGUAAGUUUGGUUUUAUGGUAUACAAUGGAUGAUUUUUACGAUAGAGAAACAAAUUAAUUUUUCUUAUCCUCAAAUUGUUGUAGUUGUAAAAAAAUUCUUUGUUAGAAUAGUUACUUAUUUGUAUUCUGACAAUUAAUAAGUACAGUUUAUCAAAAACAUUUCCAUUUAUUGUAAAUAUGAAAACAAUGUUAUCUUAUCUUAUCUUAUCUUAUCUGAAAGCCCUUUUUGUGUUCAUGUCUCCAACCGAUAGAUUUGUUUAGUGUAAAUUUUUUUUAAAAUUAAGUGAUUCCGGUGUAUCUAUGAACCUUGACCUUAAAGAAUAAAUUGAGUUAAUUUUUUCUCUUACUGUCACUCUUCCAUUGCCACCAUUUAGAUAACAAAAAAUCUAUAAAUUUCAGUAAUAUUCAAAUGAGUGGAUUCGAUCCUGUCCAAAUUAGUGGAUUCGAUCCUGUCACCAGCAAACGAGUCCAAUUCAUUGUGACAAGAUUUUUUUUUUUUAGAAUCCCUGCAAUAUUCGCAAAUAUGCCAGGGCAUUUCCUGACAUGCUGACCUGCAGGUGACAGGUGUUGUGUUCUCGUGAUUGCCUUUUAUUUUAACACAUUUAAAUGCUCAGUGAUCGCCGGACCCUUGACUUGUUUCAAAUACCUGCUGACAAAAGCACAUGUAUGAUGAGGUAAGGUAUUCGAAAAAUAACCUGUGUCAGACCUCGCGUUCCUUGUUGUCGCUUUUUUCGUAAACUUCAUCGCAGUCCUCAGUUUUUAUCGCAGUAUGGUCUCUAAAAUUAUGUUGGUUAUGACGUAUGUAGUUCACAGUAACUUUUCUAUCAAUAUUCCAGAAAAAUGAACUGCGUAUUCGCCAUCCUCAUUUGCCUUCCGGUCCUCGCCCUGUGCCAACCAAACUGGCUUGCAAUUGAACUGGCCCUCUUCCGACAUUUCGACAGUGAUAACGAUGGGAGUCUGACACUCGGUGAAAUUAGAUCUUACCUCAACGUACGUUAUUUAACCUCUUUUUUUGUGUGUGUUUUUGUUUCCUGUGUGUUAUCCGGCGGACUUAUUGAUCAUCAAAUUUACCCGCUGACACCUCGACAACCAAACACAGAUCGUGUUUUUAAAAACCUAACUGAACACGUUUUAUAAUGUUGGCUCCAGCUCUUUGCUAUCUCAUACGCCCCCCCCCCAUACUAUGCUCUUUGGGAUCUCAUACGCCCCUCACUGAGCUCUUUGGGAUCUCAUACGGCCUCACACUAUGCUCUUUGUUAUUUUAUAAGGCCCACACUAUGCUCUUUGCUAUCCCAUACCACCCCACAGCAUCAUUUAUAUGUUAAGAAAAAUGCAAAUGACUCCCCGUCAUACCGUCCCCACCCCCACACGCACAUGGUUUUAAACCAUUUUAAUUAACUGUUUAAAUUCAUCUUUUUGUUUCAUUCCCUUCUCAAUUUCAAUGUUUAAAUUUCAACUUUUUGUUGCAUUCCUUUCGCAAAGUUAAUGUUUAAAUUCAUCUUUUCGUUGCAUUCAUUUCGCAAAGUUAAUGUUUAAAUUCAUCUUUUUGUUUCAUUCCUUUGUCAAAUUAAAGUUUUUAAUUCAACUUUAUGUUUCAUUACUUUGUCAGAUGAAACAUCUUAAGUAUAUGUUAUAAUCAUAUCAUAAAAAGUGUUUCGAUGUAUAUGAUUUGUUCAUUGUAAUGUGUCUUGUUUUUAACAUAUUGCAUGUACAUGGUUUUAGUUGAAGACCAUCGUUAGCUGUCUUAAUGCUCUAAAAGUUAAAAAAUAAUAACAAAACCUGUUGGCCUAUUUAAAAAAUCUCCUUGUUAGACCUUUGACACAAACAGUGAUGUGAAUAUCUUAUGUGUACAUGGUUUUAGUUGAAGUAAAAUCUUUCCAUUAGACAUUCGACACCAACAGUGAUUGGAAUAUCUUAUGUGUGCAUGGUUUUAGUUGAAGUAAAAUCUUUCUAUUAGACCUUCGACACCAACAGUGAUGGGAACAUCUCGAGACAAGAAUACUACGUCCACAUCGACGCCCAGUACAGUCAUGACCCCUUAACCCAGUCAGCGCUCCGCGACCUCUUCGACGAACUGGACGCCAACAACGACAACCGUCUGAACAAUGGUGACUACACCGCCCUUUACAGUCUGGCGGACACCAAUGGCGACAACCAAGUCUCAGCCCAAGAGUUCCACAGGUAA